CCGGGGUUGGCCACGUGUGUGCGCGCGCGAGCUAGCCCUUCUAUUCACGUGACCCCUGACUCCGGGCGUUCUACCCUACGACUUUCCUACCUCGCGCUCCCAGAAUCCGGCAUUAUGGCGGCCGCCGUGCCCCGCACUGCUUCUCUUUCCCCGCUGCUUCCUGUUCUCUUGGGCCUCCUGCUCCUCUCUGCUCCACAUGGCAGCAGCGGCUUGCACACCAAGGGCGCCCUUCCCCUGGAUACAGUCACUUUCUACAAGGUCAUUCCCAAAAGCAAGUUCGUCUUGGUGAAGUUCGACACCCAGUACCCCUACGGUGAGAAGCAGGAUGAGUUCAAGCGUCUGGCUGAAAACUCGGCCUCCAGCGAUGAUCUCUUGGUGGCAGAGGUGGGGAUCUCAGAUUAUGGUGACAAACUGAACAUGGAGCUGAGUGAGAAAUACAAGCUGGACAAAGAAAACUACCCAAUCUUUUACCUCUUCCGGGAUGGGGACUUUGAGAACCCGAUCCCAUAUAGUGGGACUGUUAAAGUUGGAGCCAUCCAGCGCUGGCUAAAGGGACAAGGGGUGUACCUAGGUAUGCCUGGUUGCCUGCCUACAUAUGAUGCCCUGGCUGGGGAGUUCAUCAGGGCCUCUGGCGUGGAGGCCCGCCAGGCCCUCUUGAAGCGGGGGCAGGACAAUCUCUUGAGUGUGAAGAAGAUGGAGAAGAAGUGGGCUGAGCAAUACCUGAAGAUCAUGGGGAAGAUCUUAGACCAAGGUGAGGAUUUCCCAGCAUCAGAAAUGACCCGGAUCACCAAGCUGAUCGAGAAGAAUAAGAUGAGCGAAGGGAAGAAGGAGGAGCUCCAGAAGAGCUUAAACAUCCUGACUGCCUUCCAGAAGAAGGGAGCCGAGAAGGAGGAGCUGUAAAAAGACAUUCUGAGGUUUUACAGGGUUUGGGGGAGUGGGGAGGGAAGAGUUAUCUGCUGGCCAUGAGAUCCUGUGAGAUAUAGGGAGAAGGUGGAAAAAGUGGUACUAAAUGAGAAAUCUGAGCCCUGAGUAUGCCUGGAGAUUGAUGCUGAUAUGACCAUGCUUAAAACAUCUUUAUAGCUGGUCCAAGCUGAAGCACUUACUCAGAUGGCCAGUGAAAUGCCCCCUUAGAAGGAACAGGUGCUAUAAAGAGGAGUGUACUGCCCAGGUCCUUGAAAGGUGUAAUUCUGAUCAAUUAAAGUUUUGGUGUUUUGGUUAAGUGGA